CACCCUUUAAAGUUCAGCAAAUCAAGCAAAGCUGAUUAUCGUAGGACUUAACCAACAACACAGGCCGGGUUCGAUCGACGAAUAUUCAGCUAACUGAGGAGCAACGCCAUUGUCCGGAGGUUGGGAGAAAACUGAGUUGAAUUGUGCGCUCCGCAUGUUAAAAUUCUGUGAACGAAUUCCAAUGCCUCCUGUGUCUGAAAAAACAACUAAAGUUGAAACGGCUUCGUCUCGAGUGGAACUGCUUUCCUCUCCACUAGGAUACACGGCACAAAUAAAGGAAUUUGUCGAGACUACCAUAACCAUAGAAAAAGAAACUACGGGACUCGGUUUAGGAGUUGUUGGUGGAUCCGACACAUAUCUGGGAGGUGUGGUCAUAAACGUGAUUGAACCUGGAGGCGCGGCAGCUAAGGAUGGAAGAAUUGCAGUCGGAGACCAAAUUAUUAUGGUAAAUGGUGAAAACCUGCAGCAAAUGAACCAUAAAAAUGUGGUCUCUGCUCUGAGGUUAGCUCCAUCUCCAGUAAGUCUAACCAUCUUGCGAGAGGAUCCCGAGAAGAUUUUCACUUCAAUCGAAGAACCAUCGACCAUCUUUGAAGUGAAUUUGGUGAAAUCCUUCACUGAAUACUUGGGACUAAGCAUUCUCGGGAGAAAGGAUAAGAAAGGUGUAUUUGUUAGUUAUGUGUCAGAGGACAGCAUUGCAUACAAAGAGGGAUCGAUCCAUCAGGGGGACAGGAUUCUGGAGGUGAACGGUGUGAAUCUUAAGAAAACAACACAAGAAGAGGCCUGUAAAGUUUUACAGCGCGCUUACGGAACUGUCAAGCUGAAGAUUGGACGUAUUCCUUCUCUGCAUUCGUCUCUGUGCUCACCCAAAACCAAAACGUCCUACAUCAACCACGCUCUUGAAGACGAUGGAGGUCUCAGCAAGGAGUUUCGUCGCUACAAUAGUGUGGGCUCAGUGCAAAAGAAAAAGCGCAAAAUCCCGCUUGACUUUAAGAACCAGGUCCCGACCAGACGACGGUCAGUAAGCUGCAGAGACUACAGCCAGGCCUCGGGAAUUGACCUUGAUGGAUUGGAGCGAGCCUCCUCUGAGCAUGACAUUAGAAAAACCAAUCAACCUAAGCAUGAUAAAAGAAGUAAGGAGCCUCGAGAGAGAUUUCGAUACGUGUAUCCAGAGCGGAUUGAGCUGUCGUUCAACGAGCAAAUAAAUCAAGGGUCUUAUCAGAGAGAAGAUUACGUAUGAAAAGAAGCCAAAACGCCACCAAGCGUAACAGAAAAGGAGAAAAUACAAGCAAUGACUCGGUGAUUAACAAAUUUUAAGAGUAUAUGAGAGAUAUGAAGGUAAAGCAAGGCAAGAAUAGGCCACAAGAGAUGAGUCUACCACGAAAUUAUAAAAUAUGUUUUGAAAGAUGAACAGGAUACAAUUAAAAGUCAUCAGUGAUUCAUGUUUACUCAUCGUUAUGAUCCAGCGAAUGAAGAGUUUUAACUACCUUGUACA